UUUAAAUUUGCCUGUCAAAAAUUGGCAACCUGGCGUUUAUUUGUAAUGGUUGCAGCUGAAAGAAGUUAUUGUUUUCUGGUGCCGAAACGGCAUCGUUUUUAAAUUGAAAAAAAGGGAAACCGAAACGUAAAUUUUCCACAUUUAACCAACUUCAAAAAAAUAUGGACACUGCAAGAAACAUUUUGAUAAACCGACCUAACCUAAACAGACACUUCGACCGAGUGUGAUUGAUUGCAGAUUUUGAAAAUAUUUUUCGCAAAAAAUUACUUUAAAUGCAUUUUUGGAGAAGCCAAACUGCAUUGUUUCAACGUUCCUUCUCUGCAACGGAAUAUAAUAUCGCUAGCUUUUAUUUUAUCGCUAAUUUUAUGGAGUUAACUUAAUUGUGAACAAGAGUAAUGGAUAAUUUACUAUUUUAUUUGGAAAAUUGGUAUAUUAUACCUAAGGCAAUAUUACGGCUGUGCUUUAUCUUAAUAAACAAUGCGUAUUGCAUCCCCACGUAUGUAAUUUGGAUGCUCUUACUUACACCGUUACGUAAAUUGCAUCCGGAAACAUAUUGGAAAAUAGAAGGGUAUUUCUUUCAUUGGCUGUUAGCGAUGGUUUCAAUGUGGAGCUGGUCUGCCGGAUACGACGUUGUGGAAAUGGGAGACGACAUCACCAGUUGCUUGGACGAAAAGACGUUGGUUAUAGCGAACCAUCAGUCUACGGCGGACGUUCCGUUGUUGAUGGCGGUUUUUAACACUCGAAAACAAGUGCUACCGAAUAUCAUGUGGAUUAUGGAUAAACAUUUCAAGUAUACUAACUUUGGGAUCGUAAGCGUUUUACAUCAGGAUUUCUUUAUUACAGCUGGUAAAGCAUCAAGAGAAAAAUCCAUUAAAGAGCUGAUCGUGCAUUUAAUAACGUCUUACAUUCCAAGAAGUAGAAAAUGGGCGGUGCUGUUUCCAGAAGGCGGAUUUCUUCGCAAACGUAAAGCUGUGUCCCAAAAAUAUGCCGCACAAAAUAACCUCCCCAUAUUAAAUAACGUAUCCUUGCCCAGAGUAGGUGCCUUACAAGCUAUUAUGCAGACAAUUGGACCACAGAGAGUGGCAAAUAAUAAUUCAAAAUCAAUUAAUGCCAAUAACAUAAAUAAAGUAGAUAAGUUGGCUUGGGUUUUGGAUAUAACGAUCGCGUACCCAAAAGGAGAACCGCUAGAUCUACUGUCGAUCGUUUUCGGUCACAAAGAACCGUGCAAAACGAUUGUGUUUUAUAGAUUAUAUAAUUGUGAGGAACUACCUGCAGGUACGGACGCUUUGACGCAGUGGCUCUACAAUCGUUUCGAAGAAAAGGAGAAUAUGUUAGACACUUUUUAUAAAACGGGUAGCAUCCCUGUUAGUCAGUAUAGUACUAAUCCCAUCCAUCCUCAUGUUGUUGCUCAGGACUGUUUGCGAUUCAUUAUAUUACACAUCUUUUUUAUUACCUCUUCCUACCUGCACUUUCAAAUCUUCAUGGCUGCUUAUAAUUAUUGUAAUUACUUAAUGUACUAGCGUAGUGCCCUCGCAUACUUGGUCUACCUAGUAAGAUUUUACUUAUGAGGACGAGACCAACAUGCGAGACUAACAGUAAUAAUGGAGCAUUUUGCCUUAAUAUUAAUUAGUGCCGAUGGUUGUGUUUUCUCCCCUUCUGUAAUAUAAAAACAGUAUUUAUUUAAUCCGUGAAUGUAAAAUACUCUACUUUUAGACCAAUAUAAAUUUCGUUUGCAUGUUUUUAUUAAAGUAGGUGGUUGUCUGUGAUUGUACAGUAACCAUGAAUAGUUUAUUUUAAUAACUUUUCAAAGUCAUUAUUUUAUUAACUUGCAAUUAUAAUUAUUAUGUGUAAAUAUGAGAUAGGUAUGACUACAAUUGCUUAAAAUACGAUGUUAUUGUCCUUAUAAGAUAUGUGAAAUUUUAUGUUUGUUGUAUAAUUUGUGUGCACUCUGAUGAAAGUCGUUGUUGGAAGAAAUCUUUUAAAUUUCGUGAUGCACUAUUAAUAGUCGUAAGAUUAGCUUUUUCUAUUACCAUUUUUUAAUGCCCACACCACACUUUUGUUAUUAAAACGUAAUUCUUUAAUGGAAAUGCAAUUCUUUGUUCUUAUGUUAUUAAAAUUUUAAAAUAAACAAUGUGACCAUA